CUCCUUCCCCGUCUCGUCUCGGCCUCUUCUGCCUUUGCUCUGUUCCUCAUCUCCGCCCGCCCUUCAUUCAUACCGGUUCCUCCUCCUCGAGCUCGCUUUGCUGCUCCCCUAUCUUCCCCGUCGUGAAUCUAGGGUUCGGGGCUCGCCUCCUCUCCCUCUCCUAUGGCCUCCGCCGCCGCCGAAACCCUCGUCUCGCUUCCCAUCGCGUCCCCCUCGCGGUCACUCCUCCGCCCCCUCCGCAGGCGAGCUGCUUCUAGAGGGGGCGCCGCGUCUAUCCGCUUAUCCGCCGUGCCGCCCCGGGGCCUGGGACUCGCCCUCAUCCAUCGUCGCAUCCAUUACCCGCCGGCGGCGCGCGCCAAUGUCGAGCGCGAUGGCGACGGCGCCUCCGGGCCAGGAGAAGCCUCCUCCACAGGAGAUGGCGACCGAGACGCGGCGGCGGAGACUGGAGGUGAUAGCACCAGCGCGAGUACCACGAGCGCGGCCGCGACGCCGCCGUCACCGCCCUCUUCGUCGAAGAGGGGGGAAAAUAAGUGGCGUCGGCGGGUGCUGAAGGGUGGUGGUGGUGUUGGGCGGUGGUUUUGGGAGCCCAUAGUGCAGGGGCGGGAGAUGGGAUUCCUUCUGCUCCAGCUCGGGUUCGCCAUAUUUGCUCUUCGCAUGCUGCGGCCGGAGAUCACGUUGCCUGGCUCGGAGCCCCGGCCGCAGACGACGUAUAUCAGCGUCCCAUACAGCGAUUUCCUGGCGAGCAUAGACAAGGACCAGGUGAAAAAGGUCGAGGUCGAUGGGGUGCAUGUUAUGUUCCGGCUCCGUCCGGAGGUUGAGGCCAGUGUGGUGGAGCAGCCACAAACACAGCGGGUGACAGAUGCCGUCGCUGAUAAUGCUGUCGUUUCAAGGAGAAUUGUCUUCACGACAACGCGACCAGUGGACAUAAAGACACCAUAUGAGAAGAUGGUGGAGAAUAGUGUUGAGUUUGGUUCGCCGGAUAGGAGGUCUGGCGGCAUGCUCAAUUCGGCCUUGGUGGCUCUUAUUUAUGUUGUAUUAAUCGCUGUAGUUCUGCAGCGACUGCCAAUAAGCUUUUCUCAGCAAUCAACUGGACAGCUGAGGAAUCGGAAGAAUUCAAACUCUGGUGGGGCCAAAGUUUCAGAAAGUGCCGAUAUAGUUACAUUUGCUGACGUGGCUGGAGUGGAUGAAGCCAAAGAAGAGUUGGAAGAAAUUGUGGAGUUCCUAAGGAACCCAGAAAGAUAUGUUCGUCUUGGUGCGCGUCCUCCUCGAGGUGUCUUGUUGGUGGGCCUUCCGGGAACCGGAAAGACGCUUCUUGCAAAAGCUGUUGCAGGGGAAGCUGAAGUCCCAUUUAUAAGUUGUUCUGCAAGUGAAUUUGUGGAGCUAUAUGUAGGCAUGGGAGCAGCUCGAGUACGUGAACUAUUUGCUAGAGCCAAAAAGGAAUCACCAUCAAUUAUUUUUAUUGAUGAGAUUGAUGCUGUGGCAAAAAGUCGUGAUGGCCGGUACCGCAUCGUCAGUAACGACGAGCGUGAGCAGACAUUAAAUCAAUUGCUCACGGAAAUGGAUGGGUUUGAUACCAACUCAGCUGUCAUUGUGCUUGGAGCAACAAACAGAGCAGAUGUUUUGGAUCCUGCCCUUCGGCGCCCAGGGAGAUUUGACCGUGUAGUUAUGGUUGAAGCUCCGGAUAAGUUCGGAAGAGAAUCUAUUCUGAAAGUUCAUGUGAACAGAAAAGAGCUUCCGCUUGGUAAAGAUGUAGAUCUCAGCGGCAUUGCUGCAAUGACAACUGGUUUUACAGGGGCAGACCUUGCAAAUUUAGUGAAUGAAGCUGCCUUGCUGGCUGGGAGAUCAAAUAAAGAAAUAGUGGAAAAGAUUGACUUCAUCAGUGCGGUCGAGCGCUCUAUAGCUGGCAUAGAGAAAAAACAUGUAAAGCUGAAGGGCAAUGAGAAGGCCGUUGUUGCACGGCAUGAAGUUGGUCAUGCAGUUGUGGGGACCGCUGUUGCAAACCUGUUGCCAGGGCAGCCACGUGUGGAGAAAUUGAGUAUACUGCCAAGAUCAGGAGGUGCAUUAGGCUUUACAUACACUCCUCCCACAACAGAAGAUAGAUAUCUGCUCUUUGUUGAUGAACUGCGCGGACGUCUAGUAACACUUCUGGGUGGACGGGCGGCAGAGGAAAUAGUUCUAGCAGGACGUGUUUCUACUGGGGCACUUGAUGACAUAAGGCGUGCAACUGACAUGGCUUACAAAGCCGUAGCAGAGUAUGGUCUUAAUCAGCGUAUCGGUCCAAUAUCACUAGCUACACUGUCGAAUGGUGGACUAGAUGACUCCGGAGGCUCUCCAUUUGGAAGGGAUCAGGGCCGUCUGGUCGAUCUUGUCCAAGGAGAAGUAAAAGCACUUCUACAAUCAGCACUUGAAGUUGCUCUUUCAGUUGUUCGUGCUAAUCCAGCAGUUUUGGAAGGCCUUGGGGCUUAUUUAGAAGAGAACGAAAAGGUUGAAGGCGAGGAGCUACAAGAAUGGCUUAAGUCGGUUGUUGCACCGAAAGAAUUGACCUCUUUUAUUACAGGGAAACAAGAGCUUGUUCUUCAGCUGGAAGUUGGCCCCUAGGAGUAUACAUUGGACUCUUAGAUUUAAUUAAUUUAACAUACAUAGCUUCAACCGCUAUAACUCUGUAAAUCCCGAGGGAUGCAAUGAAAAGUCUACAUGCCCGAGUGAGGCUGUACAUAUAUUUACGGUUUGGGGCUGCCCUUGACUACACGAAUUCCAGAAAGGAUAAUCGAGUUGUAACCUCCAGAUUAUUUAAGUCCCUAAGUAUACUCCUCAUUUACAAUGUUGUUUUAUAGAUUAGGUGGGUGGUGCACAUGUAAAAGAAUAUUCUUUUCUUCUUCCUACAUUCUUUUCUUUCCAACCUUCCCAGUGAAAGAUUGUUGGUACAUUGUCAUCUUGUCAAAUAAAAAUAGGAAUAAUUCAUAUACGGUA